AUGGGUCGGGCAUCGGACGGUGGGACUUACUCGAUGUCGCCAAAGCUACAUGAACAGGGGAAUCACCAUCUUGCUGCCACUGUCGCUCAAGGAACCACGUCGGGUGACAAGAGGGAUCUUGUCAUCGGAACUCCUGCAGCAUUCUCCAAUUCAACCCUUGCUCCUGGCAUGUCUACAGAUCUCGGGCUACGGCCGCGGCAGGAUAACUCAAGUACAUUUGUCAAUGCUGAGACAUUUGUUAGUCCGAGUCUAAUAGAGCUCACCAUUUCUACUGAUUCCCCUUCGACCCCGGGAAGAAGCCAGUUGGGUGAUGAGACUAGAUGUAAAGGACAAAUUGGCCCGAUAUGGCUGUCCGCAUGCUCCGAAGUUGGCGUGUCGUGGGUGUGCAAAGCAACAGGUAGUCGGGUCUUUGCCAAAUCCGUGGAGCAUUUAAUCAGAAGUGUGGAUCAACUAUCAUCGCCUAAGGUAUGUCUUGCCCUAGAUAUGCGUGGAGCAGAACCCUCGGAGGCACUGGCCUGGGAGUAUGUGAAUGCCUUUUUCGAUAACUGCUGGGAAGCGAGACUGGGUUUUAUUUCAAGAUCAGACUUUGAGGCGCAACUGCACGCUCAUUUUUAUGACGAGGCGCUCUCCCGUGAUGAUCACGCCACGUAUGCACUUCGUAAUGUGGUGUUUGCGGCUGGACAUCGCAGUCUACAGGCACAGUCAGGCAUAGUACCGUACGAUACAGCACAGGAAAACGCGUGGCAAGGGUGUUUUGGCAAUGCAUUGUCAGUACUGGCAGGCAUUCUGUUGUCGCCAUCACAACAGACCGCUGUUCAGGCCCUGGCAUUGAUGACAUGUUACGUUGAAAACUUGUGCCGACCGGAAUUCCAACGUACACUAUGCGAUGCUGCAGUGCGGGCGGCUGUUACACAAGGUUUACAUCACGACGAUAAACACUUCGCCAAUAACACUCCUCCAGACGAGAGAAUAAAGAAAGCCUGGAUGUGGUGGUCGCUAUAUGUUUUGGAAAAACAUAUCGCGUUCGUCAAUGGCACACAAUCAGUGAUCGACGACUCCACCAUAACGACACCAAUACCAUCAGAAGUCAAGGAGCUUGAUAUCGAUGAACAAUAUCUCACGCUCGUUGUGCGUCAUUCAAAGAUAUGCUCCCGCAUCGCACGAGAGCUCAUGUCAAAUCGUGCACGGAGAUUGCCUGCAGCUGCCUUACGCAACGUGGUGUAUGAAUUUGAUCAGCAGAUUAAGGAUGUCCUCAGAGACCUGCCAUCGCAUUAUCAAAUUGGAACACUAGCGAAAAUGCCGACCGAAGCAGAGAGGCCUCCUCACCCUAACCAAGCCUUGUACCUUCACUUUUCUAUCUACGGAAGUCUUCUUGCAGUACAUUCGCAACUCUUCUACCCCUGGCGAUCUUCCAGGCUUCUGGACCAUGACCCAGAAGCACUCAUUUCUAAACAGCUCAAAGCUUCGUCAAACAUCGUUGCCGAAGCCGCCCGGAAAAUCUUGGUAGCCCUCCGAACACUCACGACUGACGCAGCCACCCCUGGUUGGCUGGCAUUCUCCUAUCCAAUAUACGCGCACCUAAGCUUACUCGUUCAUGUGUUGCGGAACCCGACCGCCCCAACCACAAGGGCCGAUCUCGGUUUGCUUGAUGUGUGUGCUGGGCACUUUGGAUACAUUGAAUUCAUCACUGCUUCAAGGAUAUCCAUAUCCCUACCACGAGAGUCAGUCAAUCUAGCUUCUAAAGUGGUCAAGGCCGCAGAGCGAAGUCGACACCAAGACAGAGGCUUGGAGAGCGGACGGGGGGAUAGCCUCGGCAAGUCAUAG